AUGCAAAUCUUUGUAAAAACUCUUACUGGUAAAACAAUUACACUCGAAGUCGAACCAAGCGACACCAUUGAUAACGUCAAAGCUAAAAUUCAAGACAAAGAAGGUAUUCCACCUGAUCAACAACGCCUCAUCUUUGCUGGUAAACAACUUGAAGAUGGUCGCACAUUAAGUGAUUACAAUAUUCAAAAAGAAAGCACCCUUCACCUUGUACUUCGUUUACGUGGUGGUAUGCAAAUAUUCGUAAAAACUCUUACUGGUAAAACAAUUACACUUGAAGUCGAACCAAGUGAUACCAUCGAAAAUGUUAAAGCAAAAAUCCAAGACAAAGAAGGUAUUCCGCCUGAUCAACAACGUCUCAUUUUUGCCGGCAAACAACUUGAAGAUGGUCGCACGUUAAGUGAUUAUAACAUUCAAAAAGAAAGUACACUCCAUCUCGUACUUCGCUUACGUGGUGGUGAUGACUAA